AUGGCCACACAGCUCCUAGUUCUUGCCGCCCUCCUCCUCCUGCCCCUCGUCGUCGUCCUGGUUGGAAAGCAGCACGGGCCCCGUAAGGGCAAGAACGGCGCCCGGCUCCCGCCGGGCCCACCGGGUCUGCCGUUCAUCGGCAACCUGCUGUUGCUGAGGCGCCACUCGUCCGACGUGGAGGCGCUGCUCCGACGCCUCGUCGCGCGCUACGGCCCCGUCGUAUCUCUGCGGGCAGGGUCGAACCUGUCGAUCUUCAUCGGUGACCGCCGCGUCGCGCACGCGGCGCUGGUCGAGAGCGGCGCCGCGCUCGCCGACCGCCCCGCGGUCACGCGCGCGCUCCUGGGGGAGAGCGGCAACACCAUCUCGCGGUCCAGCUACGGGCCCGUGUGGCGCCUCCUGCGCCGCAACCUCGUCGCCGAGACGCUGCACCCAUCGCGGGUGAAGCUGUUCGCGCCUGCGCGCGCGUGGGUGCGCCGCGUGCUCGCGGAGAAGCUCGGGCGGGAGGCCGAGGAGGCCCAGGUGAGAGCCCAGGCGCCGCCCCCCGUGAUGGAGGCGUUCCGGUACGCCAUGUUCUGCCUCCUGGUGCUCAUGUGCUUCGGCGAGCGGGUGGAUGAGCCCGCGGUGCGCGCCAUCGCGUCCGCACAGUACGGCUGGCUCAUGUUCGUGGCCAAGAACAUGAGCGUGUUCGCGUUCUGGCCGGCACUGACCAGAAUCCUCUUCCGCGGCCGCCUCCAGAAGGGGCUUGCCGCCCGACAGCGGCAGAAGGAGCUCUUCGUGCCACUGAUUGACGCGCGCCGAGUGCGCAAGCAGCAGCAGCAGCUCAAGAACCAACAAGGUGGUGCCGCGGUGGCGCCAGAAGAGGAGACGACGACGUUCGAGCACUCGUACGUGGACACGCUGCUCGACAUCAGGCUACCCGAAGAGGGGGACCGCGCGCUCACUGACGACGAGAUGUCCAACCUCUGCUCCGAGUUCCUCACCGCCGGCACCGACACGACGUCCACCGCGCUGCAGUGGAUCAUGGCCGAGCUGGUCAAGAACCCGGAAGCACAGGAGAAGCUCUACAGCGAGAUCAAGGCGACGUGCGGCGAAGAGCAAGGGGAGGUCGCCGAGGAGGACACGCACAAGAUGCCGUACCUCAAGGCCGUCGUCCUCGAGGGACUGCGCCGGCACCCCCCUGCACACUUCUUGCUGUCGCACAAGGCGGCGGAGGACAUGGAGGUCGGCGGGUACCUGAUCCCCAAGGGCGCGACGGUGAACUUCACGGUGGCAGAGAUGGGAUGGGACGAGCGGGAGUGGGACAGGCCCAUGGAGUUCGUGCCGGAGCGGUUCCUGGCAGGCGGCGACGGUGAGGGCGUGGACGUGACUGGCAGCAGGGAGAUCAAGAUGAUGCCCUUCGGCGCUGGGCGGCGAAUUUGCGCCGGGCUCGGCAUCGCCAUGCUUCACUUGGAGUACUUCGUGGCCAACUUGGUCCGGGAAUUCGAAUGGAAAGAGGUGCCCGGCUACGAGGUGGAUUUCGCCGAGACACGCGAGUUCACCACCGUCAUGAAGAAACCGCUCCGGGCGCAGCUGGUGCGCAGAACCACUUGUUUGAAUGGCGAUUGA